UGUUGAAAGAAAAAAGUGUUCUUUAACCUUGUAAAUGGUAAAACAGUUUUUUUUAUAAACUGAGCUUUUCUAUAAUAUUUUCAAAAAUUGUUAUAACCAUUUGUAGAAACACAGACGGAAAAGAAAAGAAGAAAACUUCACAAAAGAAGAGAUGGAGAGGUUUGUCAAGUUUAACUCUUUAGAAGAGCAAAGAGAAUUCAACAAAAAGAUCUUUUGUAAUUCCAAGCAGGCAACAAAGGAGAAAAAGAAGCAGCAAAUACAAAAGCCAAAAGGRAAGUCUAACAAACAGUUAAAAGCAGAAGAGUGGAAAAGACAAAAGGAGAUCUCUAAAAUUGCAGAAGAAAUUGAAAUCAAGAGAAAGCAACAGGAAGAGAAACUGGAGCAAUCCAGAGAAUUGUCAAGCAAAAAGAAAACGAAAGUAGUGAAUAGUCUAAGUUCUAUUAUGCAGGAUGCAAUUAAAGUACCUAAUAACAAACAAAGCUCAUCAAAUGUACACAAAGUGAAAAGCAAGAAAAAGAAAAAGAGGGGCAGAGCAAAGAAUGACAGCAAUGARAGCAAGGUCACUGAAGAUAAUACAAAGAAAAUUUACCAAAAACCUCAAAUACCUCAAGYUCCUGCAAUAAAGAAAGGAACUGAAACAAAGAUAAACCAUACAAAGAAAACAAACAUACCAUUACCAGCCAUGAAACCAAAACAUACCAAAACAACAUCAAGCCAGUCUAGAACAGUUGCUAAGCCAGUACCAACACCAUCACCAGCAAUUCCAGCACCUCAGCCACCUAAUAUAUGGCAGAAAAGAAUGGAGACCCAGAAUGAGAUCCAACAAAUAUUGCCAUCAAACGAAGAAGAAGAGCUAAGACAACUACAAAUGGCUUUGGAAAUGAGUAGGAAUCUUGCUGAGAUGGAGGAACAACAAAAGCAAAUAGCUGCUUUACAAGAAGAAUUGGAGUUAAUUUCUCUGGAGCAAGAGAAUUUGAAGUUGUGCUUGUCUGAUAGUGAUGAGGAAUCUCAAGGCAAGGCACCUUUGGAUGCAAGAGCUGGCAUUUCACUUACUGGCAAAACACAUACUGGUGAUAARGACAAUAAUCAAGCAUAUUCCMAAGUAGAGGUUGAAAAUGAUACUAGUAGCCUACAAAAAAAUCUGAAUAAUGAAGGUAUCGUCUUCAGGUCCAGUAGUCAUGAUCAGGAAAAAGAUGUGCAACACUUAAAGUAUGAACCAUGUAAACCAAAAACCUGUAYUAGCCAAUGGGAAGAAAAAAAUGUCUGCCCUUAUGGUCGAAACUGCUGCCUUGGAAAAAGAUGUAMAAAAUUUCAUCCAUCUUCGAAGAGAAGUGAGAGGCUUGAAGUCAACAGGGAUCCAUGCAUUGUUAGAAUGAAGAGUGCAACUACAUGCAGUGAUUUAGAGUCCAAAUUACUAAAUGGAAGUGAKACUAAGGACUGUGAACAGAAAGAUGACAAUACAAUAGCGGCUUCAACUGUUACAUUAAGUGAAGAUUGGGAUGAUAGCUCAGAUCCAUCAACAGCAUCAACAAUGCCAUGUGUUGUCCAAAACCAUCYAAGUGAAGAAGACUGGGGACAUGAAGAGGAGUGGAUUUCUGUUUAUAGCCAAGAUAGUGACCAUACAUCUAGYGAUUCAGAAGACAAGGCACCACUGAGUAGUAUAACAUUUCAAAUGACAGAAAAAUCACAGGAAAAUGAGAACUGCGACAGUGUGUUAAAAGAAUGUGAGGUUGUUUAUGGAAAUUUGCCACAAGGUAACACUAUUCACAUGGAGAUACUAAGUCAACAUGGACUUGGAAUACAGUCAGAUAAUACUGAAAGAGUGUUUCAUUCUGAUAAUCAAUAUCAUAGAAUUAGUAGUAACAAAAGUUUGAAAACUGAUGCUGACACAGGAAGAGUCCCUGAAGAAGUAGUGGUAGCCAAUGGAAAUCUUCCAGGCCCUCCUAAUGUUUCUCAAGGAGUGUGUGAGAUGUCUCCAAGAAUGCCUCAAAAUUACAUGCCAUCAUACCCAUUCAAAGGUAACCUGCCUACAGUACACCCAGCAGCCAAUAACUCUCUAAAUGGUGUACAACCUCUGCUGCCUGUGCUUGGUUUUGAUAUGUUGUCUGGAUUGACAAAUGCAUGUCAGUUUAAUCAAAAUGUGAUUAUGAACUCUGUUAAUAAUAGCAUUUCUAAUACAGCUCCGUUUCCUCUUGGACAAAUGGCAACUGGUUCUUUCACAAGUCAAAACCAUGUGUUAUCUCGUUCACCAACAUCUCAAUUGUCUACAGUACCAGUGCAAGGGUUAUUUCAUGCUGGAAACAUGACUAGCGUGAGUCCAGGAAUUCCAGUAUCAAGCCAAGUUCAAAUGCAAGCAAGAGUUCAGUCAACAGCUUCAAAUCAUGAUGCAUCAGUUACAAGUCAACCACUGUAUGAAUCACCAUCAGGAACAGCAAACCAAACAUCUACAAACACUAACAUGGUUACACCUAGUUCAUAUGGUGAAACAGCAAAUGACAAGCAAACAUCACAACAAGUGAAGACAGUCACUCCUGGAUCCAUUACAAACCAUGGUAAUAGUCAAGUUGAUGGGUGUCAACACUGGUCAAAUGUUGGUCCACCUUAUUCACAAAGCACUGCAGCUACACAUCCAGUUUUGCCAAUUCCAGGAUUAUCUAUGCCAACAUUGCAGAACAUGAAUCCACUUUUACCAAUCUAUCCUGGACUACCACUCCCUCAGCAAGGUGUCAUGUCAAAUCCACCAAAGAUGAACACAUGGAAUGCUCCUGGAAUACAGAAUCCUCCAUUUGGCUUUCAAUGUGGUGUACCUUUAGCUAAUGGUACGAACCUCAUGUCAUUGAUGGCUUUAGAAGCACAGUAUCUUAACAUGGUACAAUCACAAAUGUCGUCAUCCUUAUUAGCCAACCAGCAAACUAAUCCAAGUGAACCAAUAAUUAAUGGACACUCAACACAAGGUGAACAAUCUACCAACAUACCUGAUGUGGAGAGGCAGAAAGCCAACAAUAAAGGAAGCAAUAUUAGGAAGCCAGUAACAGUACCCAGAGUUUUGAGUUAUGUGGAAAGCAGAUAAUAGCCAAGCUGGUGGAUGAAUUAUUAUAGCAUUGAAAAUAAUACUCAGGAUAUGUUUAAUAAUAUUCUGUUCAGAAACAUCUAAGUUCUAAAAUACAUAACACUGACUAUGGUGCUUUUUGGAAUUUAUCAUUCUCAGAGAAUGUAACAUUGUCAAAAUCAUCGUAAUUUCUGGGAGAUUUGAGAUAUAUCCACACAGUAAUUACAAAUAUAAACUUUUCUAAUAUUGUAAAUAAUUUGAGAAAAAAAUAGUUCAAGUUGAUAUUUAUAUUGCUAUUUGGGAAAGGUCAUUAUAUCAGAAGAAUGUUUAUUAUUACAUAAAAAAAUUGUUAUGGUUUAAAAAAAGGUUACCAAACAUGCUCAUGUAUGUCAGUCAGUCUGUAGCCAUUGAUAAAUAUAAUUUUCAGACUGAUGUUGAUAAUUGAAAUCUGGUUCAUAUUUGAAUACGUCUGUGUACUACAAGGUAGUAUAGUGACACUGGCAUUUCCAGAAUAACAAAGAAUGGAUUGAUGGUCACAGGGCAUGGCCUGUCAGCAAAAGAUUGAAUUGAUACAUGACCAUACAUCAUGGCUAUAUGAUGAAGUGCAGUCAUUCAUUAAUGAUAUUGUACACAGUUUUGAGCACAUAUAUGUAUUUAUUUUUGAAUGUCAUAAAAAUCAGGCUAACUGAUCUUGUUGCUUAAUGGUGAGGUUUAUGAAAGUUUUGGGUUAGGUUAGUGUUGGGUACAAAUAUUAUAGAUCUGGUUUUGAAGUACUUUGAAAUUUUCUAAUAUGUACAUUGAUGUACAUGAGGCCUUCUAUGUGUACUUUGGUGCCAUGUUUUCAAAUAAAGCAGUGGUUAUUUUUUACAAUCAUGCAAACUAAGUUGAAACAAAACCAUUUAUUUGUUGUGGAUUCAACAGUUGAAUAUUUACAUUUUUACAAUGAUGUUCUUGUAACUUGCCAUCCUGGUGCUGGGUAUUAAAGCUAUAUAUUAUCUUGAUUUGUCAUCACUGGAGAUCAUCAUCAUCAA